ACAAUCAGCACCCUUCCGGCGUUUCGCGAGCCCAUUCCCAACUCGACAGUAUCUUCUGGCAACUCGACGCACACACGCACUCGUGAGAACAAACAUCUCGAGGCACUGGAGGCGGUCUGCAUAAUCUGGUUCACUCUCGAGUACAUCCUGCGCUUCGUGGCCGCGCCGAGCAAGUGGAAGUUCACCAAGAGCCCGAUGAACAUCAUUGACCUGAUCGCUGUACUGCCCUACUACCUGUCGAUCCCACUCGAGACGUGGACCCAUCACGACAUCGACUCUCUCGGUUCUGUGCGUAAGAUGGUCCAAGUCUUCCGCAUUCUGCGGGUUCUUAGGGUCCUCAAACUAGCUCGACAUUCCAUUGGUCUUCAGUCGCUCGGAUACACCCUGCGACGCUCCUACAAAGAGUUGGGACUGCUCAUGAUGUUUGUCGCCCUCGGCGUCUUGUUAUUCUCCAGCCUGGCCUAUUUCGCCGAGAAAGACGACAAUGCUCGCGAGUUUAGCAGCAUUCCGGCAACCUUCUGGUGGGCCAUCAUCACCAUGACAACCGUGGGCUAUGGCGACAUGACACCGAAAACACCGUUGGGCCAGAUAAUCGGAUCGGGAUGCUGCAUUUGUGGAGUGCUCGUGGUGGCAUUGCCGAUUCCCAUUAUCGUGAACAAUUUCGCUGAGUUCUACAAAGACCAAAUGCGACGCGAGAAAGCAAUCAAACAGAAAGAAGCUUGGGCAAAGGCAAAAGAAUUGGGCAGUUUGGUCUCGGUGUCGGUGUCGGUGUCGGACGGCAAAUGUGAGGCUCCGAGUGGCGCUCUGUAA